AUGGCGUUCCCGGCCAUGCUCCGCCGGCCCCUCGCCGCCGCCGCCCGCCUGGCCCGGGCCCGGGCCGGCCCGCAGGUACUCCUUGCUACAGGGCCCAGACAAGACAGCAGCGUUUUCUACGAAUUUCGCACAUACGACAUUAAGCCAUCGAAGAUGAAGGAGUUUAUGGAAAUGGUCAGCAAGUACUUUCACUUUCGCACAGCUCACUCCGAGCUGGUGGGGUUCUGGUACACGGAGCUGGGAGCACUGAAUAGGGUGUUCCACAUUUGGAAGUACGAUAAUUUUGCCCACAGAACAGCAGUCCGGCAAGCGCUGGCCCAGGACAAAGAUUGGCAGGGAAAAUUUAUAUCUGCAGCUCUCCCCUUGAUAGAGAAGCAGCACAAUGAGGUCGCUUAUCUGGUACCCUGGUGUCAACUUGGAAAGCCUCCAAAAGAAGGGGGGGUAUAUGAAUGGGUUACUUUCCAGAUGAAGCCUGGGGGACCAGCACUGUGGGGUGAAGCAUUUAGAGCUGCAAUCAAUGCUCACAUCAACACAGGCUAUACCAAGCUGAUUGGUGUUUUCCAUACAGAAUAUGGAUUACUUAACAGAGUCCAUGUGUUGUGGUGGAACGAGAGCCCAGAUCACCGGGCAGCGGGAAGACACAGUGCCCAUGAAGAUGCCAGAGUCGUAGCAGCUGUGCGCGACAGUGUCAGGUUCUUGGAGUCCCAGCAAAAUGCACUUCUGAUUCCUGUGCCGUGCUCACCGCUGAAAUAACCUUCUUCUAAAGGAUGUAACUGAUGGCAGAAGAGACAAGAUGGAAGUGCUGUCAACAGGUGACAUGGGUUCCCAUACCCUCGUGAACUGAGCUGUUCUUCAAUUGACCAAAAAUGGAUGCAAAAUGCUGAUCACUAGCAAUGUAAAUCAGCACCCUGCUAGCAGUUGU